GAUGUAGGACAGCUAUAAACAUGGCCGUGGCGGCCCUCGGGGGCUUCACUCGCCUGCGCGCCUCGACCGCGACCAGUGCGCGCUCCGUGCUUCUCGCUCCGCGCGCUACCUUCGCACCUUAGCGACCCCGUGCGUCCCCGUGACAGGUGCUCACCAUGCGCGCCAGCCUGCUGCUGCUCGUCUUAGGCGUGGUGGUCGUCUCCGCACAGAGGCGGCUCGCCCUCCCCGACCCAAGGAGUUGUGCAAACCGCGUGCGGCACUCGACGUACCGCGACGCUCGGGGCGUGGCCCACGCCUACUUCUUCAGCUGGGAGCACGCCCCCACCAGGAACCUGGAGGUGGACUGGCUGGACGCGAGGAACAUCUGCCGACGACACUGCAUGGACGCCGUGUCGCUCGAGACCCCGCAGGAGAACGAGUUCAUCAAGCAGCGCAUCGCUCGCGGUAACGUCCGCUACAUCUGGACGUCCGGGCGCAAGUGCAACUUCAACGGGUGCGACAGGCCCGACCUGCAGCCCGCCAACGUCAACGGCUGGUUCUGGUCCGGCUCCGGCGCCAAGAUCGGCCCCACCACCCAGAGGAACACCGGCGACUGGUCGCACACCGGCGGCUUCGGCCAGGCCCAGCCCGACAACCGUGAAGCACCCCAGGGCAACGACGAGUCCUGCCUGUCGAUCCUCAACAACUUCUACGGCGACGGCAUGAAGUGGCACGACGUGGCCUGCUACCACCGCAAGCCCUUCGUCUGCGAGGACAGCGACGAGCUCCUCAACUUCGUGGGCUCCCGCAACCCCGGCAUCCGGCUCUGAUCUCUUCCGCCGCUCCGCCGCUCCGCCGCGGUGUGGUGGUGCCACUGCAGCCACGGCAGCCACCGCCACGUGCACCUCCAGCGCUACCAACAUUGCCAUCCUCAUCAUCAUCCAUCACCAGCCUCGGCUGUUGUGCCAACUCAUUCAAAUUAUUUAUUGAGUACUUUCUCUCUCUCUCUCUCUCCUCUCUCUCUCUCUCUCUCUCUCUCUCUCUCUCAUCCUCCCUCUGCAGCAGCAAUUCCUACAUAGCUCCCUCGUUGUCUGGUCACAUCUGGUCACAUUCCUUUUCUUCUUUCACUUUGUUAUGUCGAUUGUUUGCUGUGUUCCCCAUGCCCCUCCCCCUGUUGUAACUACUCCAUUAGAGUGCGUAGUGCGCGAUCCCACCUAUUGUGAAUAUCUCUGUCCUCUCUCUCUCUUUCCUAGUGUACUUUAUGUAUUAAAUUAAACAAUAAAUCGUGUGUCGCUUUGUA